UAGAAGGAUAGUUCUAGCACUUCAAAGCGGUUUGAAGAGAGAGUUAACUUGGGCUUUGAACACACUCGCAUUGCUCUCUUUCAAAGAGAAAGAUGAUACGCGUAAAGAUGCCUGCUUGGCCGAAAUUACCGGCUUGCUCGAUGCUCUUCUUCGAAUUAUCGAUGAUUGGCGCGAUAUUGCACUGCCUAAGGAACUUAGAAAGGGACAUAGGGCUAGAACAUUGGGUGCAACGGGAUUUGGCAAUGAGUGCAAGGCGUUGGGAUCAAAUACCUUGCUGCUACAGUUGGGGUAGGCUCGGAUGUCGUUUUUCUUGUCUUGCUGGUUUUAUGGUGGUGGAAAUAAAAUUGGACUGUUUUUUAUGCUAUGACAAUUUGGGGUUUGGGUCUUCUGCUGCUGAAACAUCCGGGCAAAAGAAUACAACUAAACGCUGUCGUUCGGAAUGGUGGCUUGAUGAAGAUGGUUUAUUUAGUCUAGAUGACGAGGGUCGAGCCGAAAAACAGCAGUGUGCUGUUGCUGCAUCUAAUGCCUCACAACUUUUCUUUCAUGCCGGAGAAUGAAAUUGCCAUGGCUCAGCAUCUGCAUUGCUUGGAAACAGUUUUUCAGUGUAUAGAAGAUGACA